AUGACUACUGACUCUGGUUUUGAUACGAAACUUUUACACUCUUCAUCGGAUACAUCCAAGGCUCCAAAGGUCAAGGCCAGAAGACAUCGUUUAGCACUUUCCUGCUCCAUUUGCAGACAGCGAAAAGUUAAGUGCGACCGGGAAAGACCCCAUUGUAAAGCAUGUGAACGAUAUCACGUGACUCAUUUAUGUUCCUAUGAUGAGCCUUCAUGGAUCUAUUCUAACGGCAGGAGAGUGAGAAAUAACGACAAAGACGAAUCUGCUGAGAUUGUCGAUGGCGGCUCAGAAGUAUUGAGUGGUGGUAUUGGUGAAGAUGCCGCAGGAAUCAAGAGACGGCGUAGUUCGGGUUCUGUUUCAGCUUCAAGCUCGGGCUCGGGCUCGGCUUUGGACGAGCCCUCGUAUCUGCCUGGUUAUCCAGGUAGACACAUGCCUAUAAUCACUGCUGUUGGAUCCAACGAGAGAUCUGCUCAGGACACCAAGAGAGAUGAAAGCGUCUUGUCUGAGCUACAGAUUCUUAAGGAUAAGAUUAAACUUCUAGAGACGUCUGUUGCAAAGAUCGAACCUUCUGAAGCACCGAGUAAUUUUUCAUCCAUAGUUCAUUCCAGGCCUCUUCCACCUAUUUUACCGCAUAAUCUUGGCACGCCUGAGCUUCGAAAAUGGUCCUUACCACCUCCUUUGACAUCUCAUGGCUCUUUUUACGCUCCUCAAAGUCCAUAUCCACAAUCUGGACUUGCUACACGGCAAGGUUCGUUUUCAGGGUUCUCUUCUCUACGCCCUGUUGUUCCUGUCCCCCCUUUGGCUAGUUUGACUAGUCCUAUGGCAUCUCCAAUUUCACAGCCUAGGCCGACUUUGGUAUCAUCUCAGCUACCUUGUUCUGAUUUAUAUGCAGAUCCUUCUAGAAAAGGACUGCUAUAUGAUUAUCUAGGCAUCGAGGCCGACGACCGUAUUGAUUUCUAUGCAGGAUGUUUUCCUACUUUGACCAAAUGCUCUCGUAUCAACAAUCAUGGUCCUCUAAGUUGGGUAUCUUUAAUACUCAAGGACUAUUAUUCGAGACCGAUCAUUUCUAAGAUCAUCAAGUACAAGAAAAAGUAUGGUGCUGCUUUAUUUGCUGGAAAUUCCCGUGAAAGUUGCCUCCGUUCUGUAUUGGGUUCUGAUAAGACUUCCAGAGAGGCCGAAUUUAAGAGAAGAGAGUUUUCAAAUCCUACUUGUCCUGUCCUGGGUGAGAAUUUGUCCUAUAGUAAGCAGAAGUGGUCGCCAGAACGUCCCCCUGAUUCUCCUCGGAUCAAUCCUUCUGAGCUGUCUUUGUCUACGAAAAGAGAUGCCGAAACAACCAUUAUUGAAGGGAUUCUCGACGUUUUACCUGUCAAGAAGAUGAUUUGGCUUCUUGUUGAACGAUUCUUUCAGUACGUGUAUCCUUUCUCUCCUUAUUUGGACGAGACUAGGUUUGUAUCUGAUAUAGAGGCAAUCAUUGGACCGAAGUCAUUGGCAGAGGAAAAGGUUACUACGGUUCACAUGGAAAGGAAGCUUGAUUUCUCCGUUAUGGGAUCCCUUCUUAUUGCUUUGAAGAUGGCAUAUCUAUCUUUAUCUGGCAAUUAUGAAGCUGCAGACGAUUACCCUCAAAGAACUCCGAAUGAGAUGUAUCUUUUGAGUCAUCCGUUAGAUGAGAAAAUAAUCAAUGUGGCCCAGUUGUGUCUCAACCAGUUUAAGCUUCUCCGCAGAUCUACGAUGAGUAUUUUUCAGUGUGCCUUUUUAAUGAGAGAUUACCAAAAGCUUGAUGGAUACGACGGCUUCUGUGAUGGUGACUCACAAGUGUUUACAGGACUUCUCGUUCAGAUGGGUAUUUCGAUUGGUUUGAAUAGAGAUCCAGAUAACUUUGACUUCUCUGUUGGUACAGACCGUAUGAAAAGUAGUUGGAGGAAGCUAUGGUACUGCUUGAUUGCUACGGAUAUGACGCAGUGUACAGUUAUGGGUGACCCAAGGAUUGUUAGUGAUGAUAUUUAUGAUACCAAGCUUCCUGUGUUUUCCAAGCUCGAUUUCAACAACAACGAUUUGGACAUAGAAGGUGAAACAGUACUCGCAAUACGGGAGAGAUUUGAACUCGGUCAGGAGAUGAACAAGGUAGUUCAACUUGCCGCUAGUUUGAAGGGCUCGCCUGUUGUUUUGGAGCUUCUACCAAAAUUGGAUAGGCUUGAGCGGAUUAUUAAAUUGAAAUGGGAGUCUCUAUCUAGUCUCCUAACGCCCACAGAUGGUAACCACAUUCAUAACAUUCAUAAGAUGCAACAGAUUAUGCUUUAUGCCGAGGCUGUAUCAUUGUUGCAUCCAAUUUAUCAUCACCUUAUACUUUUCUACGAGAAGAAAGGUACCUUCAGGGCAGCCAGAAAGUUUACAAUGAAGUCCGUUGAAUUUCUAAUGGAAAUUCACGCCAAUUUUGAGAACUUAGUCAAACGCAGUUACAGAUAUGUCGGCACAGGGUUCGAUUUCGUUUUUACACCUGUGUUGGAGGUCUUCAUACACAAGUGUCUUCACUUGCAACUUUCGUUGUACUUAAGAAGCAGUUCUCUUGAGGCUAGGCUUUGUGAAGCUCCUCAGAACGACGAAAUCGUGGAGGUAAUUAAAAAGUUCAAAAAGACUAUUCUAAUUAAGAAUAUUAAGGAGAAGUACAUAUGCGCAAUGUCGAUCUUGGCUGGUAAGUAUUUCUACGCCUGGAGAAUGACGAAAGCUCAUACGUUGAUUCUGAAGGUGUUGGAAGACGGCUUGGCUACUUUGACGGGGGCUGAUGAGCCUAACAAUUUUCUCUCUGGUAUGGGAAAGGAUGAGCUUGUCGAGUUGUUCGAGUUGGUUAAUAUAGAGAACUAUGUGAACGGAACUAGUGGUGUCAAAAAUAUUGCUAGAAAGCGGGUUCUUACGGAGGCUGAAGAUGUUUCUUUGGAUGAGAAUAGUAGGAUGAAUUCCUUUAGUGACUAUUCAGUUCCUAAAGGUCCUUCUGGAUUUCCGCUUGCAGUUGCAACUUCCGCAAACUCUUCAAACUCUGCAACCUCUACAACCUCUGCAACUUCUGGUGCCCCAGAUCUUUCUGCAAUGUCUCAUUCGUCUCCUGAAUCUUCUCCGAGGACCGUGGAUCCGCUCAACUCUGUGUACACGCCUAGCAUCGUCGAUCCAACAGAUAAGAACAUCGAUAACUUCUGGGCCAAGAUGUUCUAUAAGAACACAGAGAGUGGAGACCUCAAUCUUGAUAGCUUGUUUGCCGAGUUCACGAGCUUUGACAACAAUUCGUUCGACCUGUUCAAUGGGAACUUAGCCGGACAGGAUGGUGUCGAUUAUAAGUCAGGUGCAGGGAUGUGGGAAGGUAGCGAGUCUAAUGCAGCAGCCAAUGUGUCUGGUCCCGACGGAUCCAAUGGACCCAAUGGACCCAAUGGAUCUGCCGACAGUGAACUUGGAAUCACCUUGCAAGCUAUAUCUCCGAGAAAUGUCCUUGUCGACAAAGCCAUCUUCGAUAUCAUUUGUCCGGCGGGUUUAAUUGCCAGUAGUGACUUUAGACAUGGGUUGGUGGAUAGUUACCUCGUGGGCGAGCGUGUGGGCGUGGUAACUGUGGCCACGGUACGUUGUUUUGGUCUCUAUUUGCGUACAUUGAAGAAGAAGUACUCAUCAGAUGCUGAAUAUGAGGAGGCUUUUCACAGGACGCAUAAGAAGGCUGCCGAAAUUACCCUUCAUUCUCUUCGUAAGAAUGGGGGAAUUUACAUUAAGAUAGGCCAGCAUUUAGGUGCGAUGACGUAUCUUUUACCGUUCGAAUGGACUGAUACUAUGGUUCCAUUGCAAGAUGAAUGUCCUCAAUCGUCAUUGGAGGACAUCAAAGAGAUGUUUGAAAAGGACACCGGUGUCAAAAUGGACGAUUACUUCUCUGAAUUUGAUCCUAUCCCGAUUGGAACAGCUUCUUUGGCCCAGGUUCACGUUGCGCGGUUGAAAUCCAACGGUACUCAGGUUGCUGUCAAAGUAGAGCAUCCUUCUCUUGCCAAGUUUGUUCCCUUGGAUGUAUGGCUUACCAAAACCGUUUUUGAUCUUAUGUACAAAGUCUUUCCAGAGUAUCCAUUAACGUGGCUUGGAGAUGAGCUUCAGAGCUCAAUCUAUGUCGAGUUAGAUUUCCGGAAUGAGGCUCGAAAUGCUCAGAAAACCGACGAGUACUUCAGGCCUUAUCACCGUCUGACUGCUCUUCGUAUUCCCAAAGUUUACGCAUCAAAGCAGAGGAUCCUUAUCAUGGAAUACGUAGGUGGUGCAAGGUUGGAUAACUUGCACUAUAUAGAUAGCCAUGGAAUCUCGCGUGCUGAAGUAUCUUCGUGUAUUGCACACAUAUUCAACAACAUGAUAUUUCAGUCAGGUUUUGUUCACUGUGAUCCACAUCACGGUAACCUUGCCAUCAGAGCCUUGGAACACCCUGUUGAUGGGCACAAUUUCGAAAUUGUUCUAUAUGAUCAUGGCCUAUACAGAACCAUCCCCUAUAAUAUGAAGGUUAGUUAUGCCAAGUUCUGGUUGGCCAUGCUCGAUAAGAAUCCGAAGGUAAUGAGGAAAUAUGGUAAGCAGUUUGCGCAGAUCGAUGAUGGUAAGUAUCCUAUUCUUGCCGCUGCCCUCACGGGUAGAGAUUUUAAACAUGCCACCUCCGGCGACAUUGAUAGCGAGAGAAGUCAAGAAGAGAUAGAAAAUAUGAGGGGAAUGCUUCUGCAAGACCACUUGAUACUCGACUUGAUGGCAUUGUUGGCGUCUGUGCCGAAAAUUGUCCUUCUUAUCUUAAAGACCAACGAUUUGGUUAGACAUCUUGACGAGUCCUUGCACAAUCCAUUGGGAAAUGAGAGAACCUUUUUCAUCAUGGCCACGUACUGUGCACAUACCGUUCUAGAAGAUGAUAAGGCCUGCAAUUCCAGAGAUCAUGGCAGGUGGUCUUUAAUCUGGUGCUUCAAUGAGCUGAAAGCUUUGUCAAAGUACUACAACAGAAGCUUUCAGUUGCGGUUGUUUGAUUUGAUGUUCUAUAUCAAGAAUCUUUCCCAUAGAUUUAUGUUCUAA